UACUAGGCAGCCGCGGUGAGCUCGCCAGAGCCUCAGGGGAUCGAGGAGGUCACGGGGCGUUGGCACCGGGUCGCGCGCCAGCGUUGCCCUCUUAGCGAGGACGCUUCUGCGCGCGGUGAGCUCGACGCGAGCCAUUCAACAGCUGGCCUCGCGAGCGACAGUCGCACGGGGUGACUGGGACCGCUGACGGUUGCGACUGCGGCGGUUAGAGGGAGGCGACGACGGCGGCAUAGACGUUGGCGGCAGCGGCAGCGGCGGCGGCGGCAGUCCCGUUAUCCCACCGGAUCCUGGAGUAGAGACGAACGGUUCCUGAAGCUCCCGGUUACGUCUGAUACGACCAAACACUUCAGCGAAGGAGCUAUAAGGAGGAGAAAUCAGGAAAGGCUAAAAUUACAAGAACUAGAAGAAGAAAGGAAAAAAGAAAAGAAAAGAGAAGAGGAAGUAGCUGAAAGAAAAAGAAAAGAUGAUGAGCAAAAAGUCCGAGUAAAGAGGAAGAAGGCCAGGGUAAGGAGACAAGCCCUGAAGGAAAGAGACAGACACCAGCACAGGAAACAGAAGCCCAAAGCCAAAGCUGAGGCACCUCAAGAGCCAGACUCUUCAGAGGAGUGGGAGGAGAGGAAGUACCUAGUGGCUCAGAGGGAUCCACACAGUUUAACCCACAGGAAGUCGACAUUAUUGGCACCAAAGCUAAUGAUUCUCCAGGGAACACAUUGAAAACUCUGGAAGAAGAACAGCUAAACACUCUGUACCUUCAAAAUCAAGAGGAAAUGUCAAAAUAUCAGGUUGCCAAGUCAGACAAUAAACAAAAACAAAAAAUGAAGAAAAUAACUAGGGAUCACUUACAGAAAUCUUCCCACUGCCUUGGGGAAGAAAAUUUAAGGUAUUCCCCUAGAAAACAGAGAGCUGGAAUAUUAUUAGAUGAUGAGGAAUAUGAAUACAGUUUGUUUUUUAAGCAUAACUCCUUGGAGAUUACGAUAACUGAAGGCCAGUCUCUUGAAAAUGAAAACCACCACGGUUCUAGUGAAUCCUGUUCCAGAUUAUCUGGGAGAGGCCAAGGCAGGAAACCUAAGAUCCAUGAAACAGAUGCAUUUUUUGACUAUCUUUUCAAUUAUUAUGAACCUCCACAAUAUACUCGUAUCUGCCUAGAAACAAGUCAGGUAGCAGGCACAUGUCAGUGGCAGAGGGAUGUCCAAGCUAAGGGAGAUGGAUUUCAGAUUAAUUUGAGAAAGUGUAGGCAUCACUCAAUCAAUUCGAGCCAAGUAGAAAACCUGGAAAGGAAAGAACAGGUUCAAGAAAAUAAUUACUCAUCAAAGAUUUGUACUCAGGAUCCUGAGCGUAAACGAGGAAAAGUAGAUUAUGCCAAAGAAUGUACUAAUGGGUUUGAAACUCAUUGCCAGGAGACAGCCCAUAAAGCUGGUGGUCAGCUGUCCCCAACUGAUGGAAACAGCUGUCUGUUGGAAAAGACUCAUAGUUAUCAUAUCGAAGAUUCCAAAUCCACAGGGAAAAGCCAAGUGUCCCCACCCCAUGAGUCAAUAGGCUUAGGUUUACAGUUGACAGAUUUCUUAGAGGAAAUUAGUAGUGAUUCUGAAUGCUUCAGUGAAACCCUUGGUAUAAACAAAGAGGAGAAAGAGAAAUCUGUGGCCACAUUUAAUAGUUUCUCAGAAAAAGAACCUCCUGACACUGACAAAAUGAUCACUCACAAACGAAAUACAAGGUCGAGUCAGCAGACCUUUUUUUCAAAGUGGAAGCGUGAUGGUGAGGAAAAAUACUCUAAUUACAAGUUUAGGACACCAGGUAGGAAGUCUGAGUAUGAACCGAGAUGGAUAUGUUCAUGGCGUAGGGGUGAAAGUCAUUUCAUUAGACAUGAAAACAACAAUGGCCAAAUGAAGGAACAACUAGCCCCCAAAUACUUGUUUGAUGAAGGCUACUACCGGGAACCCACUUCCAGUUAUCUAAAGAGGUUUAGUGAUAGUACAUUGGACCAGAAAGUGAACUAUGGGCCCUCUCAGGUGCCCGUAAUGUCAUCAAGAAGUGCUAGGUCUUUCUAUUUUGGUAAUUUUCACAGAAGAAGAGGGACUCCUUGGAAGUCAGAAUAUAACCAGAAUUCAAGAUUUAGAGGAUGUAAUUAUAACUAUUUGAAGUUCAAUUCUGAUUAUUACUAUAAUAGACAUAAUGGUCAGGAGUAUAUUGACUAUGGAAGCUAUUCAGGAAAUAACUGCACUGGUUCUUUAAAUUUUAAAUGUUUUGAUGACCACUUAGAUCAGGAGUAUCCUUUUUCACAAUAAACAUGUUACAAGAAGAAAAUUUAAAACCAAAUGUAGCCAUGUAAUUAACAACUACACAGCAAGACAGCAGCAUUAAAAACUUCAGAACCUGUGUGUUUUAUAUUUCCCAAAGCUUGUCAAUACACCUGGAGUCAUUUUGACCCGUGCUUUCAACUUUGGCAAGAGAAAUAAUAAUUUGUAUUUGACCCUGCUCAAGCUUUUAAAUGCUGCUUGAUCCAAGGAUAGACAUUUCUAUGGUUCAGCUAAAACUUUACUUCUACGCCAGUGAAGGAGCAGAUUAACAUUGAGAGGGGUUGAGAUGGCCCUCUAUGGCUCCUUAGGUGUCAUAACAUCAUCAUUUAGUGUCAUUUAUCUCCAAAGACGACAGCAGUGAAUGAAUAAUGAUCCUUUUACAUGUUCUUUGAUUUGGUCAGAAACACCACGUGCAGCAACAAACUUUCCUGACUUUUAUUCAGAAAUAAUUGUAGAUAAAAGAGACGACAGUUAGAACAUAGACUUCUUCAUGACAUUAAAGAGUUGCAUGAGCACCCACCAGGAGAAAAUUAAUCUUAUUACUACGUUUAAAUACUCAAACAGUUGUCUUUUUCAAGACAAAGUCUUGGAAGAAUCUAAGAGUGGUCCAGAUUGUCCUUUGAGGUUUAAGUGGAUAGUAUUUAAACCCAUUAGCAGAGUUGUUGUUUUUUUUUUUUUAAGAACCCCAUGUCUUUCCAUUUUAGAAAAACAGCAAGAUUGAAGUAAUAUAACCAGUGGAAUUUGCAAAACGAAAUAUUGACAAAUUGUGGGGCACCAAUAAUGUCACUUGAAAAAAGAUGCUGUGACUAUUCCACUUCAGGUUAUGUAACCCUUUCACUCAGGGCCGGAUUACAUCAGUUUGUAAAAAGUCACUGAAUAUCCCCCAAACUGAACUUUACUAAACAGUAACAAGUGCCUCUCUUCUCAAUCCUCAGUGAUGCCAUCAAGUUUUCAAAAAGAGUAAAUAGAAAAGCCUAUAGUUUUGUAGCUAGGGAAAAAUGUAUAUGUGUAGGAUUUGUAAACUCUCAACAUAAGCAAUUGAUCUUUUUACCUACUAGUUUUUGACUUCAUAAAUGUUUUUAAAUUGAAAUAUUUUAUGGAUUCUUGAAGACUUACAUCUUAGUGCAGUGCAUGUUUUAUAGAAAGCUCCGCUGAUUCAUUCUGCCUUACCUUGCAUUUAGGACCUCAGGGGCAAUCGAUUACCUUUUUUUUUUCUCCAACAAAACUAUGCCUGACCUGGUAAUUGAAGACAUUAAUGAGAUUAGAGACUGUCAGCAACAGGAAAAAGUCAUUUUUAAUCCACAGAAGCAGUAAAGGGCAACACUUUGAUGUGACAUGAUUCAUUCAAACACUCUUAAUUUGACAUUCUGUAGAAAAGUACCAGCUGGUAGAGCCAGGUAGAAUGCCAGUCAUUGUGGUUGCCCAGAAUAUCACAAUGUGUGCAUAUAACCAGCCUUUUGAGCAACCAGGUAUGUGAAAGGGCUACAAAAUCUUAUUUAUCUGAAGGAAGAGCCACAAGUUGUUUCAUCGAUCUCUUCUAAUCAUAGAGCUAUGUUAGUACAUGCAAGAAGUCAGAAAUGAAUGUAUCAUAGCAGAUGAUGUUUAUUAUUAAUAAGAUAAUAACCAGUGGAUGAUUUGUUGGCUCCCUUGUGUUCAAUUCCACUUUCAAGCCAGUGACUCUUCCAUCAAAACUAGAUUUGGCUUGUCAAAUCUGAAAAACAUUGCUUAUGGGGCAAGUGCCUUGACUGUUAAUGUUCAAAGUACUGUUGUCCAGAGUAGCCUUUUGAACUGCUAACAGCUUGUAUUUUGUCAGGCAACUUUCAGUAACCAGGUAUUAUUUUUCUUUGACGAAAACCUGCCUCUUAAUUUUUCAUGUGUCAUGCCAUUAAAACAAAGAAUAUUAUGAGUUUGUAAUGAGAAGCAGCUAUGCUUGUUUUGAAAAAAAAUCUCACUGUGUUCUGUCACUUGAUUUUUCUUUGCAGAGUUUUUAGACAUGAAAACAGUUUGCUGCUCAGUAGUCAGACAUAAAAAUAAAUUGCAGAAUACAGCAUGUGCAAUUUUUAUGUGUAAUAGAACCGGUGCUAUUUCUAUAUAACAUUUUUGUCUUUUUUUUUUUUUUUUGCUAAAUACCAUCCUGGGACUUAGAAGAAAGUAAAAAUACUGGUUUUAUGUUUACAUUUUGUAUAACCCUAGACUUGUAUAUGUCUUAUAAAGAGUCAACCUUUUUGGUGGGUAGGCCCUAAAUGAGGAAUAUAACUUAUCCUGUACUUUUUAAUUGAAUGGCUUAGUAAGGAGUAAAAUACAACUAAAAUAUUGUAACCACCUUCUUAAUUAACACUGCUAUUGUUUGUUGUGCUAAGUGGUGCAAAAGUGUUUUCUCAUAUCUUUUUCUAUGUCCUAUUAAGGGCCUGAGCUUUAAACUUUGUCUUAAGGUAUUUUCAUGUUUUUCUUUUUAUGAGUUGUUGGUAGUUAUGCAAAAAAACUAAAAAUAUGUCAAUGUGUUUUCAAUUUGUUUAAAUUUCUCAGGUAGAAAGCCAUGUAACCUGGUAAUUUUGAAAAUAAGAAUCAAAUAAACUUAUUUUUACUUGUUGCAAAAUUGUUUAAAACAGUCAUUUUUAAAUAAAUGCUGAUAAGUCCACCUUUGGGGGAAAGUUCCUACUUACAGUAUGCUGCUUUGCACUAUUGUUGCUGAUCUCUUUUCUCAUUUGCAUUGUUAGAGAAUACAUAUUUGUCAGAUAUAUUAAAAAUAAUCAUAGUGAAUAUUCUUUGUUCAUUUAUCACAUGUAUUGGCUAGCAUGUUGCACAUCCACAAUAACAUUUUCUGUGGAAUAUAGAUGCCUAAUUUUAAUAUCAUUUCUAUGCAACUUUUCCCAUUUUGUGGAAACUGACAUUGUCAGAGUUCAUGGGACUAAAGACCAUAGUUUUAUUUUCAUUUUGGACAAACCGAAAUAAUGAUAUUUAGAUUUAAGAUGAUCCUCCCUUUAGCACAUUUUAUCAGUGCUAAUAAGAGGUAGCAAAAUUGACUCCAUGGAAUUUCACCUAAUUCCUUCAGCCCUGGGUGGAAGUGUUCAAGUUAUACAAUGUGCAAAAACAAUUAUGGGUUUGGGAUGGACAGUCUAGUCAGAGAAGGUAGGGGCCUCAAUAAUCAGUCUUUGACCAUUCAAGAGUUAACUGUAUUUUCAUGUGAAAUAUACAGCAAACUGCCUCUAAGUAUCAUAACAAAGGCAGACUACCUUGGAGUAAAAUCUGGGCACUUUAGAGCUGAAAGCGUCUGUCAGGUUCAAAGAGCUCUUUCUGAAACAGCAAGAAAUGUAUGGAUGCUUGUUCUUGAUCUAGGAUUUGCAUAAAUUUGGCCCUCUGAAGUAAAGUGAAUGUUACAUUAUGCAGGGAAGCCAGAUAUGCAGAUACUGAAAACACGUAGUAAAUGCUGCUUAUGAACCACAGAUGCUAGUACUGAGAACAAACUGUCUCUGCAGCUGGUAGGAUGACAGCAGGUGGGGAGCAAGCCAGAUGUUAACCUAACACCUCCCUCCUUCACUGGACAUGUGGUGGUUGUAACAACUACCCCCCCUCCCCCCCACACCACCAUCUUCUUGAAUGGUGCCUUUUACAUGAAUAUGGCUUAUGUAUAUGCUAGCUGGAUUUGAGAAGUUUUUAGAUCAAAGUCCUGCCUUACAGCAAUAUUCCUUUCCAAGUAACCAACACAAUGUUGAUUCAGCUCUGAAUGGAAGAGAAUCAGGUUAUUGGGAGUGAAACUUUAAUGAGGCUCUAAAUCAGGGGUGCCUAAUCUCUUCGCUUCCCUGGGCCACAUUGGAAGAACUGUCUUAGGCCACACAUAAAAUACACUAACACUAACGAGAGCUGAUGAGCUAAAAAAAAAAAAUUGCAAAAAAAAUCUCAUGUUUUAAGAAAGUUUACAAAUUUGUGUUGGGCUACAUUCAAAGCUUUCCUGGGCCGCAUGCAGCCCAUGGGCCAUGGGUUGGACAAGCUUGCUCUGGAUAUUUUCCUCUUGGCAGCAGACAAGCCUGUUUAACGUUGCAAGAUGAGUAGCCUAAUCUUCACAUGCACAUGAGAUUUCGGGCUGCGAAGGUGGGCCCAACUUCUCUCCCCCACUCCUUCUCCAAAGCAUAAGGCAUAACAGGUUACAUGGCACAAAACAGGCACUCAAACAUUUGGUGAAUGAAACCAAGUGGGAAAAAAAAGAGCACAUUAAAAAAAACUCACAAGUACCUGCAAUGUGGUUUGAUAACAUGAAAAAUGGAAAUUUCUUUGGUUCAGGAAGUAUAUCUCUUAUAAGAAAACUCUGCCAAUGUUAACAUUAAAAUGACAAAACACUAAUAGGUUGUCUUUGUUUAUACAACUGACUGCAUAUGCAAAUCUGUUAUCCUUCUUUUGACACGAGGUGAAUUAACUUUGCUACUGUAAGGAUUCCUGAUACUUUCCUGAUCAGACAAUACAUUAACACAAAAAAACCCAAACCCUUCCUUAGCACUUGGCAAUGACAAUGCCUUCAGUAACCUUACUUCUUAAGAACCUUGCUAUAGACUUCAAGGUGGAGGUCUGCCAUUUACAGUUUAGAAAGUUCUGAUUUAGGCAAAACUUUGACAAGUCACAAAAAAAGCAAUUCAAUUCACUAUUUCUUAAACAGGACAAGCUGGUAUUUGGUUUUUGGUGUGGGGUCUCCAUGAAAUUUUGCCCCUUGUUUCUUUUGGAAUACAAAAACUCUGCACUCAAAAAUGAAACUGAAUUUUAAGCCAAAGUAAAAUGUCUGAAUCAGAUUCCCUAGAAUAACGUUUUUAAAAAAAUUUAAAUAAGUCACCACACUAUAGUGGGUAAAACCAUUUUUAUUAACUGACCAAAGCACAUCAUUUUGUUUUCUGAUUUGAGGUAAAAUCAUAAAACACAGUUCACAAGAAAAUACAAUGACUAUUUAACCACAAUUACAAGUUUGAAAUCUCACUAGGUGUUCAUAUAAUACUUUUACAAAUUCAUACAACUGUAUAGUCUACUUAAGCUUAGUGUUAACCAAAAGAGCAAUAUCAAAGACCUAGACACUUGACUACUACUUUUGCAGUGGGUAUAGUUUUAUAACAACAGAAUAACUGUUACCUUAUGAAUAUACUUUACUUUAAAAGCCACUUGACUAGUGACUGUACUGUUUCCUCGUGGUUCAGGGGUGUGCAUGAAGGCUCUUAGGAGAGCAAACACCUGUUCCUAUUCUGUAUGUCCCUCCUUCAUUUCAAAUGAGAG